AUGCUUCAUUGCUUGUACUGUGAUGAACGAUUCCAGGAACACGACAGUAUUUAUAAAAUCGAUGCUUUCUUCGCCUAUCAUCGUGAUUGUUUGCGCUGUGCCGAUUGUUCUCGACUAUUACAAAUCGGGGAUGCAUUCUUGCUAAACGGUACAGCCGCCUACUGUGUGACGCAACGAACUCCGUCCGGACAAAGUCGAAACGCGUCAUGUUGGCUCCGGGUCACAACCACACCAGUGAGUCGGUCGUGUCGGGGUGACGGUAUGCGACUAGCGGAAAAACACCCGGAGUUCGGAGGGACCGGAACAACCGAUUCGGAGUCAACGCAAUGUGCGAUAAAAUGUGAUCUCUCCACGGCCACAUUUCCCGAUCACACUCGGUCCGAACCACCGGCGACGGAGGUCGAACAGAAGAUACGACUGUCACAGUCCGCUACCGAACAGUCCGUUUGUGUGGAUCCCGAAAGUCUAGACUCACCUGAUACCGAGCUCGAAUUCACCACGACCACGACCACCACGACGACACCCACGACGACCACCACAAUCACGGCCACCAUUAGCACACAACUGGAAUCAACGGAUCAGGCAAAUGUGCAACUGUGUGACGAAUAUCAUUCGAGUACGGGGCUCAUGAAACCGGGCAUUGUUUGUGUGGGACGCGAUAAAACUAGCCGAGACUGCAAAGGGAAACGCAUUCGUACCUCAUUCAAACAUCAACAAUUGCAAAUGAUGAAAGCUUUUUUUGAAGUCACUCGCAAUCCGGACUCGAAGGAUUUGAAACAGUUGUCCGUUAAGACUGGUUUAUCCAAACGCGUGUUACAGGUACGUACUCCAGUUUGCUGUACCGCACCGUUUAUGCUAAAAGGAUUCGUGAAUCCGCGUCCCCCCUCCCGCCCCCCUCACCACCGCGCGAUCCCCGCUCUACCCAGUCCUAUUACUGCAGUUCCCACGAAACCAUUUAGUUUUCUACAUUUCACAUAG